AGUCAGUCUAAUUGAAAUGCAUCACAGUAAUAAAAUCAUUAAAGUUUUGUUUGUGCUUAGUUCACUUGCUACUUUAACGCUAGCAGAUUGGUUUGAUAAUGGUAAUUUUUAUCAAAUUUACCCUCGCUCAUUUAAAGACAGCGAUGGUGAUGGAAUUGGCGAUUUAAAAGGAAUAAAAUCAAAGUUACAAUACGUGAAAUAUCUUGGUAUUGAUGGAGUUUGGUUGAGUCCCAUAAUGAAAUCUCCAAUGUAUGAUUUUGGGUACGACAUAUCUGACUAUCGAGAUAUACAUAGUGAAUAUGGAACAUUAAGUGAUUUUGAUGAUAUAGUUGCUGAAUGCAAACGAAUUGGUCUUCAUUUGAUUCUUGAUUUUGUGCCAAAUCAUUCUUCACAUGAACACGAGUGGUUUAAGAAGUCAGAGAGAAACGAGAGUGGCUUUGAAGACUUUUACAUUUGGAGAAAUCCAAAAAUUGAUGAAGUUUCAAAUACUCCAGUGCCACCAACGAAUUGGCUUUCAGUUUUUCGUUAUAGUGCAUGGAGAUGGUCAGAGAUACGACAACAAAUGUAUUAUCAUUUGUUUCAAGAUAAACAGCCAGAUCUUAAUUAUAGAAAUCCACAGGUUGUAACAGAAAUGAAAGCAAUUUUAACUUAUUGGUUAGAAAAGGGUGUUUCAGGAUUUAGAAUUGACUCAAUACCUUCACUUUUUGAGAAAGUUGAAGCCGAUGGUAGCUUUCUAGAUGAACCACGUUCUUAUAAUACAGAUUGUGAUGCACACGAUCAUUGUUAUUUAAAGAAUAUUUAUACAGAAGAUCAACCUGAAACGUAUGAUAUGGUCUAUCAAUGGAGAAAACUUGUUGAUGAUUAUUCAAAAGUCAACAAUGUGGAAAGAAAAAUUUUAAUGGUUGAAUCAGCAGCUCCAAUUGAUUUAAAUAUGAAGUACUAUGGUAACUCGACAAUGGAAGGAGCGCAUUUCCCAUUUAAUUUUGAUUUACUUCUAAAGCUCACUAAAAACAGCAGUGCUACAGAUUACAAAAUAAUGAUUGAAGAAUGGCUCAAUAAAAUGCCUAAGGGUCACAUGGCAAAUUGGGUGCUUGGAAAUCAUGAUAGGAGCAGAAUUGCAACAAGACUUGGUGUUGAGAAAGGUGAUUUAUUUAAUAUUUUAUUACAAACUCUUCCUGGAGCAGCGAUUACAUAUCAAGGUGAAGAACUUGUGAUGGAAAAUGUUCCAAUAUCUUGGGAGGACACAAUUGAUCCGCUUGCAUGCAAUUCUCCAAAAGAAGAACUAGAUAUUCGAUCACGCGAUCCUGUUCGAACUCCAUUUCCAUGGGAUGAUACGAAAAAUGCUGGAUUUUCUACUGGCAACAAAACAUGGUUGCCUGUUGGUGAGAAAUAUAAAACAGUAAAUGUGAAAGCACAAGAAGAAGCCAUCAACAGUCAUUUAAAAAUCUUUCGUAAACUUACAAAAAUUAGGAAAGAAGCACGUUUUAAAAAUGGAACUUAUGAUGGCCACAUCUUAAAUAAUGGAAAUAUUUAUUCUUAUAAAAGGCAAAAUGGAAAUGAAUUUGCCAUUAUAAUUUUAAAUUUCGGCACAACAGAUGAGAUUGUGAAUUUAUCAGAAAUUUAUAGCAACAUUACAUCCCACUUGAAAGUUUACACGUCAUCUUUAGAGUCUGGAUUUAAAGAUGGGUAA